CUCGCGGCGGCACGAUGCUGGAGCGCGCGUGCCGCGCCGUGUACGCGCUCGCCGAGCUGCUCUGUGUGAUCGGCCUGCUGGUGCUGUGCGUGCUCAAGGUGCAGCACUUCCUCUCCCACCCGGUGUCGACGACGGUCUCGUACCAGCCCAGCCGGCCGCCGGCCAUCACCGUCUGCCACCAGCUCGUCGACGAGCAGGCCGUGUUUGUCGCCGAACAGGAGUCCUGGGAUAGCUAUCACCAGCUGGGCUUCCGCUCCUGGGAGACGCUGAGACUGCUUCAAGAAGCAAAGGAACUACUGGAGUUCUACCGACGCAAUAUAUCUGAGACAGCUAGACCGUCGACUGUCGAGUCUGUUCACAGUGAUGAGCUACUGAAUAUUACGGAAACCAGGCUGCAUCUUGCAUUCGACAUCUUUAAUUUCAACUAUCAGGCGUUACUGGAUGCAAGAUAUACACCUGGCUAUGUAGUGAUGAAUGAGACAAAAUCUCGGUUGCUAUGUCUAAUGAAUGAAUCUGUCAGUGCAUUUCAGCAAGCCGUGGACGCCAUCCACUCACCUGACUUGGCAGCCAUCAGCAACACCAUCUGUACUUUGGAUCGAUUGGUAAACAGAAGCAACGAAAUUGAUCAAUCCAUCACUAACUCAUAUGAAUGGGCCCGACCGAGGUCUGAGCGCCUUCUGGUGGAGACCAGCCGGAGUGUGGACCAGUUUGUCAUCAGCUGUAAGAGAGGCCACUCCAGCUGUAUGCCCGGGGAGGGAGGCCAAUGGCAGCUGCGGCACGUCCUGGAGACCAAGGAAAGGUGCUACACGCUGAUGGCCCUGGAAAAGGAAAUCAGCGCGGAGGACGCCACCGUCGUCCUCGAACUGAGAGGGAACCGCUGGACUCCUGAAGUUGUCAACGUUUCUUCUUCAAACUUCCCGCAAGUUAAUGCAUCUGACGGAUACCCAAACGUCGGGAACGGUUCAGAUUCAAAUGCUACAGGUACAACUGUAAUCGAGGCGGUGGAAAUGACGACGAAAUCGGCAACCGCGACGGCGUCGUCGGCAACUACAGAAACGGACUCCGAGCUCGACUCGACGACAACCGAAGAGGACAGCGAUAUGCCGACACAGGGACCAACGUUUUACACAGCCGAUGACUACAACGGCACGAACUCUACAAACAUCACGGAAAUGAUACUCGAUCUUUACCCUGCACCUGAAAUAGGCGUUGAAGGCUAUGCGCCUCCGAGUUUCGUCACGUCUUUCAUCGAUUUUAAUGGUGCGCCGGAUGCCAUCCAGUUCAUCACAUACAGGGUCAUGUUGCACGCGGCGCCCGUUCCGCUGCUGGACGCUCCCAGCGGACUCCGCGAGCGCUCCUUCGAGAUUUUCAACAACCAGGACUGGGUUGAGGUGGACGUCCGAAUGGAGGAGCUGCGAAGUCUCAACCGAAAGUCGCGUCCCUGCGAAGAGGACCCGGCCUACAGCCGCGGCCGGUGUCUGUCCGAGUGCCAGGCGGCCGCGCACGCUCGCGAGGCCGGCUGUCAGCUGGAGGCCGUCUGGCCGGCCACCGCCCAGGGCCUGCCGCAGUGCGAGACGGCCACGCAGCUGGAGCGGCUGCGGGCCGAGCUGGCCGCACCUCCGUCCUGCGCGUGUCCGCGCCCGUGUCGGCAGGGCCGCGUCUCGGCCGUGGUGCAGGCGUCGUCGCGCACCGCCUCCGACCACGAGGUGACGGUCACCGUGCGCGUCGACGGCGACAUGCAGGUGAUCGAGGAGUCGGCGGCCUACACGGCCGGCAGUCUGCUCACCGAUUUUGGCGGAAACAUGGGACUCACGAUGGGAUUCUCACUGCUAACGAUCGUGGAACUCCUCAAAAAGAUCACAUUCGGCUGCCUCGAUAACGACCGGGUUGAGACAAUCCCCAAGAAGAAAUCAGACAGAUGGGCUGACUCCAUAGCUUAAUCCUGUAAUCGAUAUACUCAUAUACCUAAUUAUAUGACCAGCGAUCAGGCUCGGCGAUGAGUGUCCCAUACCAAGAUCAUGUUGUAAUCGAUAUGUUACGAUACAUGAGUUUCCUCAUCGAUAGACGAUAGGUAUGUACAUAUAUGGCAAACGUUGAAUUAUCUAACAAUUUUCGCUCAGUAUCUACCAACUCUCGAGAGUGACCCAUGUUGACAAUUAACCAUUUAGUGGAUAGCGGAACAAAGAGUUAUCGGGGAAGGAGCUUUUGGGGAAUUGGCACGUCCGUGUGCUCGUGCCUGCUUGUGAGCGUACUCCAAUGUGUCAAUAUGGUUUGAGGUGAGCCCAACGCCAUCGGAAGCCAGAUGCUAUCAGAUUUGUCCUGCCAAUGAUCCGUUAUACCAUAGUGUAAUAAAUAGUUAUUUAUUACACUAUGAUUAUACCUUGUUUCGCUAGGUGUAAUUACUGACUAUACUUAAGAUGUACUUACAUUGUACAUUAAAUGUACAAAUAUCUGUCCAUCUUCAGUGGACGACGGACGUAUUCACAAUAUUCACAAUUUUACUCGUACUGUAAGAUUACCCGCCGCUGAUGAUACUUCUCAAUCCUCAUGCUUUGUAUAAAUAUGCUUGUUCAGUCGAGUUGAGUCAUCAGCGACUCAUCACUCAGAGAGACUGACAGCAAGGAUGGCGAAGGUGGCAAUUGAGUUUGACUGGAUCGAUU